AUGAAGUUUGGAGUUUGUUUCGAACUUUAUCUGGUUCUUUGUUUUAUCCCAAGAAAUUCAGCUCAUUUUGAAGAAGACAUUCAAAAAAUUGUUGAAUUUUUUCGAUGUGACCCGGAAUGCACAUUCAAUCAUUCUGAAGUUACAUCAAAAACUAUCAAGGAUUUCCCAUCGAACUGCGAGAUAGUCUGUGGGAUUUUAAAUUUCAACUCGAAUACUGAUUUAUCGGAAGAUCAAUUAAAAAAAGUGUUUCAAAAUCUGAAAGAACUUGAUGGAGAUUUGAAAGUUGAAAACUCAAAUCUAACUAGUCUAUCGUUCUUCUCUUCAUAUGAUUUCAAUUUCUGCUACUAUACUGGAAUAUCAAUAAUCAACAACUCAUUAUUAGAACAUGUCGAUAUUCUCAAAAAAGCGUAUUAUAUACGAGCCAAUGAGGACAUUGAAAACGUUUUUCAAAUCAUGAAUAAUACAAAAUUGGAUGCAAGCAAACUAUGCAAUCGUGGGAACAUGAAUGAUUUGUUCGAAUUAAAAGUUCUGGGGAAUUUGAAAGAUUGUGGAUGCUAUUUCGACCUUGCGAAUAACCCAAAUUUUGAUGGUUUUGAGACAUGUAAAGUCUUAUAUGGAGGCCUAAACCUAACUAAUAUUACUGAGAAUUCUGUAAAUUUCUCUAAAUUUCUGAGCAUUGGCCACUUGAAAGGAAAUAUUGAAGUCGCUCAUACAAAUUUCAAAGACUUAUCUUUUUUGAAAAAUCUCAAUACCUUGCAAAUGGAAAAUGAAGUCAGAGAAAAUGAAAUUAUUAUCAAUAUUCAUGAUAAUCCCGAAAUGACUCGACUUGGAUGGACAAGUUUAGAAUAUAAGCUUGGAUACCGAACAACUUAUAUCAUGAAUCUUGAAAAUUUGCAUCCAGAUUUCUGUCUAUCAUUUCUCGAACUCAUAUUCUUCUCAAAAAUAGGAGUAGAAUUCCGGAAUAUUCAGGCAACAUACUGUCAAGAUUUCAAUGAGACACUUGAUGCCAAUUAUGGAUUUUGCCAGUUUCAAACUCUGAGCAAUUUGGGUUAUGGAUGUGAAAUAAUAUUCGGUGAUUUGGUUAUUGAUUCCAAUGAGGGAAAAUAUUUGGAAAAACUAAUUCAUAUUCCAUUUUUGUUUGGAACAUUGAAGAUUCAAUAUAUGAAAUCGGAAGGUUUGGAUUUCUUAUACGGACUGCAAUAUAUUGUGAAUCUGGAUGCCACUCAGCCAGCCAUUACGAUACGUUCGAAUAAGUACUUGAAACGAGCAAGAAUACCAAUGCUUGAGCACGUAAUUUCAAAGACUAGCGAUGAUGUGGUAAUGUACGAAAAUCCGUCGAUGUAUAGCAAUAAUCAAGAAUGCCUACUGUACCGUAUAACCUAUCAAACCAACUUGAACAUUAGGAAUCUAGAUUGUGAUACAAAUGUCUUCAAUGAAUCAGACAACAUUAAGCAUAAUGGCAUCAUUUUCAUGUUUUGGUUAGGCAUUUUAAAUAUUAAAAUGUUCAUGGUUUUUUGA